CUUUGGAGUCGCACUGCUGAUGUCAUCGCUGGAGUCUGACGUCACGGGGAUAAAGCGUCAACAUGGAGGCGACAGGAGAAUCUUCCACGAAUUCACUUUUAAAAGAUGAGUGCUACGUGGACUUCCUGACGGAGAGCUUUGACGUGAAGACGUACACCGCCCAGGUCAUCCACCAUGCCAUCAUCACUGAGCAGCUGGCCAAGCUGGCUCAGGGCAUCAGCCAACUGGACCGGGAGCUGCACAGCCAGGUGGUUGCUAGGCAUGAAGAUCUGCUGGCCCAGGCCCCUGGGAUAGAGUCACUGGAGGGGGUCCUCCAGAUGAUGCAGUCCAGGAUCUACGCUCUUCAAGGGGCUGUUGACAGGAUGCGCUCUAAGAUCGUGGACCCCUACAACAAGAUCGUGGCCCGGACCACCCAACUCGCCAGACUGCAGGUGGCCUGUGACCUGCUGCGGAGGAUCAUCCGCAUCCUGUUCCUCAGCAAGCGGCUCCAGGCCCAGCUGCAGGCGGGCAGCCGGGAGAUCACCAAGGCGGCCCAGAGCCUCAACGAACUGGACUACCUGUCCCAGGGCGUGGACCUGAGUGGGAUCGAGGUGAUCGAGAACGAGCUGGUGCUCAUAAGCAGGUCCAGGCUGGAGGUGGAGAACCAGGCCAAGAGGCUGCUGGAGCAGGGCAUGGAGAUCCAGAACCCCAGUCAGGUGGGCACGGCCCUCCAGGUGUUUUAUAACCUGGGCUCCCUGAGGGAGACCGUGGGGGGCGUGGUCAGCACCUACCACGGCGUCGUCCGGGACAACGUGAGCUCCGCCCUGGACAUCAGAGGUCUCACCCAGCCCACCAGCACCAGAGGGGCUCCGGGCAGGGCGGUGCUCCCCACGCCGGGCAACACGGCGGCAUUCCGGGCGGCUCUCUGGACCAACCUGGAGAAGCUGAUGGAUCAGAUCUGCGCCGCGUGUAAGCAGAUCCAGCAUCUCCAGAAGGUUCUGGCCAAGAAGAGGGACCCUGUCACUCACGUGUGCUUCAUCGACGACAUCAUCAAGGACGGCCAGCCUGACAUUCUCUACACCUUCUGGAAUGAUGUCACCACCACGUUGUCUGUAGAGUUCCACCAAGCCACCUCAGCCUCGUCCUUCCUGAAGCAGGCGAUGGAGGGGGAGUACCCCAAGCUGCUGCGCCUCUACAACGAGCUGUGGCGCCGGCUGCAGCAGUACAGCGCCAGCCUGCAGGGGGCGCUGGGGGCCGGCGGGGCACUGGACGCCAGCCUGGACGUGUCCGUCAGCGAGGCGGAGCGCCAGGACCUCUUCACACAGGCCAAGCAGGACUAUAAUCCAGAGAAGGCCCUGAAGGACUCCUUGCUGCCCUACGAGGCGGCCUACCUGUCCAAGUCCCUGUCCCGCCUCUUCGACCCCAUCAACCUGGUGUUCCCCGUGGGGGGGCAGGCCCCGCCCUCCCCCGACGAACUGGACAGCAUCAUCAGGACCAUCAGCAGUGAGCUGAACGUUGCCGCGGGCGACCCGGACCUGGCCGUUGCCGUCGCAAAGAACGCCGCCAAGACCGUCCAGCUGUUCUGCGUCAAGUCUGAGCAACUGUUGUGCACACAGGGAGAAGCCAGCCAGGUGAUUGGUCCGUUGACCGACGGCCAGCGUAAGAAUGUCGCUGUGGUGAACUCCCUGUUCAGACUGCAUGGGGCCGUCGCCAAGGUCAUUUCAGGGUUGACUUCAAAUCCUACAGCUGCUGAGCAAGCAUUGAGAUCAUCUCUGGAGGGGGUGCAGGUCCUGAUGGGGGCGGCAGUGGAGCCCCUCCUCCAGUCGGUCAGUGACUCCCUGGAGGCCAUCAUCAUCACCAUGCACCAGGAGGACUUCUCUGGCCCCCUGUCCAGCGGCCAUCGCCCAGAGGUGCCCUGCUCCCUGUACAUGCGGGAGCUGCAGGGCUUCGUGUCGCGCUCCGUGGCCGACUACUUCCAGCACUUCCAGUGCCUGGACUUCAUCUACGGCCGCACGGAGAGCAUCGCCCAGCGCGCCCUGCUGCUCUUCCUGCGCCACGCCUCCCUGCUGCGCCCGCUGGGCGAGGGCGGCAAGAUGAGGCUGGCUGCUGACUUCGCCCAGAUGGAGCUGACGGUAGCCCCCCUGUGCCGGAGGGUCUCUGACCUGGGGAAGCCCUACCGCAUGCUGCGCUCCUUCAGACCCCUGCUGUUCCAGACCUCUGAGCUGAUCUCCAGCAGUGCGGUGGUGGGGGAGCUCAUCCCCUACAGCACCCUGCUCAGCUUCCUGUUCUCCAGAGCUCCCGGGGAGCUCAGGUCCCCCCACCAGCGCGCUGAGUGGUCCAUCGCCCGUUACUCCCAAUGGCUGGACGACCAUCCCUCAGAGAGAGACCGUCUCACCCUCAUCAGGGGGGCGCUGGAGGCCUAUGUCCAGUCGGUGAGGACCCGACAGGGGAAGGAGUUUGCGCCCAUCUAUCCCAUAAUGCUCCAGCUGUUACAGCGGGCCACCAGUGCCACUUCCUAGGCGGUUACCAAGGCUCCCGAAAGCAUGUCUGACCUGCUUCCACGUGCUACAUUCCAGUACUGAUGGUGCGUUAAAGUCACCUGAGCCCUGAUCGUUGUACUUAGGGGUUUUUGAAGAACAUGAGGGUGAAAUCUCUUCCAAUCAAAUCGAUUUCAUGUUGGUGAAGGAUAUUCAUUUGUUCAUGCAUAAUAAAGACGGGGUUGAGGUUCAAAUCCUGCUGCCUUGACUUUCUCUCCCCCAGAUUAAGUGAUGUGUUCAAGAACAGAUCGAGGCAUGUUAGGAUAUUUGUGGGAAAAUAUUUCCACCAUUUUUUUUUUAUUUGUACACAAUUUCGUUGGGAAGCAGGGGACGACCAAUCACACAGCAGAACACUUUAAUGAGGGGCUUAGAUGGGCCAUUUCCAUUGGUUGGGAGGAGCUUCUUCCACCAGCGGCUCCCAGGGCUUCCACUCCGCCAUCUUCCUGGAGAGAGCCAGCUCGCACUCCGCCUACGCACAUGACACACGUUAGAACUUGCUGAAGUGACCAUUUUUUUAAAAAUGAAAUCUCUUAACCCCAGGGAAAAGGUGACGGGGUUAACCCCAGGGAAAAGGUGACGGGGUUAACCCCAGGGAAAAGGUGACGGGGUUAACCCCAGGGAAAAGGUGACGGGGUUAACCCCAGGGAAAAGGUGACGGGGUUAACCCCAGGGAAAAGGUGACGGGGUUAACCCCAGGGAAAAGGUGACGGGGUUAACCCCAGGGAAAAGGUGACGGGGUUAACCCCAGGGAAAAGGUGACGGGGUUAACCCCAGGGAAAAGGUGACGGGGUUAACCCCAGGGAAAAGGUGACGGGGUUAACCCCAGGGAAAAGGUGACGGGGUUAACCCCAGGGAAAAGGUGACGGGGUUAACCCCAGGGAAAAGGUGACGGGGUUAACCCCAGGGAAAAGGUGACGGGGUUAACCCCAGGGAAAAGGUGACGGGGUUAACCCCAGGGAAAAGGUGACGGGGUUAACCCCAGGGAAAAGGUGACGGG